AUGGCAUCCGACCUUACUCCCCAGGUUUUGGAGUGUCUCGCCUCAACGGACGAGCCACAAUUGUCGAGUCAUGUCUUCCCAUCAGCUCCAGCGCAGAGCGUCAAGGCUGCUUUAGACCGUCUCACCGCGAGAGACAUGGUGCUCCAGGAGACUAUAGAAACUGAGGAAGUGUAUUUACUGCCUGAAGCCGAAGGUAUCGUUGCCAAUGGCAGUCAUGAAGCUAGGGUUUUCGAGGCAGUCAGUGCCGCGAUGGAGGGGUUAAAAAUCACCGAUUUGCCAGAUAUCGUUGGAAAGGAGAUCGCCAAAGUCGGAACUGGAAACGCGUUUAAAAAGGGGUGGAUUAAGAAGGACAAAGACACAUUGAGGGCGGCCACGGAUUCGAUAGAAGACACGUCCCGCGACCAGCUCGCUAUUAUCCAGAAGACGAAGACACACCCAGACGCCAAAAUUCUCGCCGAGCUGCGAAAGCGGAAGCUCAUCAAUACCCAUAAAGUUUUCGUAUAUAAGUUUUGGAAGGGACCCAAGUAUGCCAGAGAAUUUGUCAAGGAAGAAACAGAUCUCACGAUGGACAUGCUUGCCGAUGGUUCCUGGAAGACGGCAAAAUUAAAGGGAUACAACUUCAACGCCAAAGGAGCCAUAACACCCUGUGGCGCCCUGCAUCCACUGAAUAAAGUCCGCCAUGAAUUUAGACAGAUCUUUUUUGAGAUGGGAUUCAAAGAAAUGCCUACUAACCGUUACGUUGAAUCUGGAUUCUGGAAUUUCGAUGCCCUAUACGUCCCUCAACAACAUCCUGCCCGUGAUCUUCAGGAUACCUUUUAUAUCUCUGACCCCGUGAAGGCGGAUAAACCGAGAGCAGACCCAGAGAACGAUAUCCAUUUGUCAACUUUUAACCAGGAUAAAAGUUCCCCUGCUUCAAGUACUGCCUCCAAACCCCCAAACUAUGAGGAAUACUGGAACAACGUUCAUGCUGCACAUGAAACCGGCUUCCGCGGUUCCAUCGGUUACCGCUAUCCUUGGAGCGAGGAGGAAUCCUUGCGCCUUGUCCUACGGACUCACACCACCGCUGUCUCCGCUUAUAUGCUUCAAAAACUAGCACAAGACCCACGUCCUGCCCGAUACUUUAGUAUCGAUAAGGUCUUCCGCAACGAAACCCUAGAUGCAACCCAUCUUGCUGAGUUCCAGCAUAUCGAAGGUGUGAUUGCGGACUUCGGUCUAUCUCUCGGGGGGUUGAUCGGGUUCAUGGAGGUUUUCUUUGGCAAGAUGGGCAUGCAUGGACUACGCUUCAAACCCGCAUACAACCCUUACACUGAACCCAGUUUGGAGAUUUUCGCCUACCAUAACGCCCUGAAGAAAUGGGUCGAGAUUGGAAAUAGCGGUAUGUUCAGACCGGAAAUGUUGGAACCAAUGGGCAUUCCUAGCAACAUGCAGGUUUACGGCUGGGGAUUGAGUUUGGAGCGACCAACUAUGAUCAAGUGA